ACCACCCACAACGUGUGACGGGACAGGGUUGCCCCCCAGGCCCGCGGCGAAUGGCAGCAGGACGGGACGCCCCGGCCCCGGCAUGGAGCCCCCGCGCCUGCCCCUCACCCCCCAGGCCACCACCCCGGGGCCCGAGUCCCCCGGCCUGGAGCCCUGCGGCCUGGAGCCUGAGCGCGGCUAUGAUGCUGUCCCUGCUGCUGUCUGCGCCCUGGGCUGCGUCUUCGGGGUCGUCUACAGCUGCUUCGGCUACCGCUGCUUCAAGGCUGUGAUGUUCCUGAUGGGGCUGCUGGUGGGCGCAGCAGUGGUCCUGGCACUGUGCUCCCAGGAACGGGACGCACGGCUGAGCCUGGCAGCAAGUGCAGGGCUGGCGCUGGGCAUCGGGGUGCUGUGCGGGCUGGUCACACUACUGGUGCGCAGUGCUGGGCUCUUUCUCACCGGGCUGCUGCCAGGGCUGCUGCUGGGCGCCGCGGGGCUGGUGGCAGCCGAGCCCCUGGGCCAGCCCCGCAGUGCCUGGGUGCCCGGUGGCUGCCUGCUGGGCCCAGCCCUGUUGGGUGCGCUGCUGGCCCUGCGCUGGCCUAAGGCGCUGACCGUGCUAUCGACGGCUGCGGGCGGCGCUGCUGCCGUCGUGCUGGGCCUUGACUACGGGACCCAGCGCCUGGCCCUGGGGCUGCACAUCUACGACUGCCUGCGCCUAGCACUCUCCGCACCCCUGUGCUGGCCCAGCUGGGCCCUGCUGGGCGCUUGGCCCAUGCUUAGCCUGCUGGCGGCACUACUGCAGUGGAAGCUCACGGCCCGCGGCUUCUCCCACACCCAGGGGGUCAUCCCCCGGCGGCGCCGGCGGCGGCUGCUCCGGAUCCGACAGCAGGAGGCCAAGAAGCGGCCAAGCCCAGGGCCGCCAGAGGGCUCCUACCGCCGCAAGCCCCCUCCUGCCACACGCUUCCCUGGUGACGUCUUGGCCCCGAGCUACAUCCAGAGCCUGAGAGACCGGCAGCUGGGUGCCAGUGCCUCCCUGAGCAGCCUGAGCGCCGCAACCCCGGCCCUGCCUGAGCGGGACGACGACUGCGGCUCCACCACACCCCUGCAGCCUCUGGCUGCCCCCUGCACCCGCCCCUAGGGCCCUGCGCCCCCCAAGACCCCCAACGAGGGCCAAGCCAGGCUCCAGGUGCUGGGGUCCCGUGUGGCUCAGGCCAGACACCAGCGGGACCCAGACAGCAGCGGGGCCCUGGGGCAUGAGCUGCAUCCGGUGCCUAGAGACUCUGUACCCUGCGUGUGGGGGGACAUUAAACAGCAUGGACAGGG